GUCGAUUGCCGAGUCAUGGAUAGGUGUUGUUUAACACGCACGCAACAAGGACAACAGUCGUAUCAUCAUGAGUAUACACAGUAGAUGUCAGCGAUGACAGACGCCUCGCUAACUGCAGCCAUGCUGUUUAUGCACAGCUACUGCGAAGUCAAUUCCUCCAUCUCCCACACAUGGGUGGAUGAAGGCAUCUCCCCCUGCUUCUACUUCACACUGGUCCCCACCAUCCUGCUCACCAUCGCCUUCUUCCUCGGCACCAUCCACUGCAUAUUCUACCAGAAAUAUGGCACAUCAAUGGAACCCAAGUUUAUUCCACGCUCCCGCCUCUACGGUUUCCAGCAGGCCGUCUCCGUCCUUCUGCUGGCCCAGUUUCUGGGUGCGAUGGUGUGGCGGGCUGCCAGCGGAGGAGAGCUCCCAGGCUAUGUAGUGUUGUAUGGCUGCUUCUCUGCGGCGGGCUGGGCUUGGGCUAUAGCCCUGCUCAGGGUGGAGAGACGUAGGGCCCUGCUGAUGGACCGGACAAGGGGCCACAGCGUGGCCCUGCUGCUGUUCUGGGCUGUGGCUUUCUCAGCUGAGAACUUGGCCUUCAUCUCCUGGUAUAGUCCUCACUGGUGGUGGGGCCUGGAGAACAAUCAACAACAGGUGCAGUUUGCCCUGUGGCUGAUGCGCUACAUUAGCACCGGGCUGCUCUUCUUCAUUGGUCUCAAAGCCCCAGGGUUGCCACGGAAACCAUACAUGCUACUGAUAAACGAAGAUGAGCGGGACGUAGAGAACAGCAGACAGAGCCUUCUGGGCGGAACCGAAGAGAACCAGUCGACCUGGCAGGGUUUCAGGAAGAAAGUCCGCAUGCUUGUUCCCUACUUGUGGCCCCGAGGCAACUGGUUCCUGCAGCUACUGGUCAUCUUCUGUUUGACCCUGCUGGGAUUCGAGAGAGUUAUUAACGUCUUUGUACCCAUUUACUACAAGAAUAUUGUGAACGACCUGACUAAUGGCAGCACUUGGUCCACGCUGGCUACUACAGUGUGUAUUUAUGUCCUGCUCAAGUUCUUGCAGGGUGGCGGUGCAGGCUCCUCAGGUUUUGUGAGUAACUUGCGCUCUUUCCUGUGGAUCCGGGUGCAGCAGUUCACCAACUGCGUGGUUCAAGUGCGUCUGUUCGGCCACUUGCACUCCCUCUCCCUUCGCUGGCAUCUGAGCCGCAAGACCGGCGAUGUGCUGAGAAGCAUCGACCGCGGCACGUCCUCCAUUAACAGCCUGCUCAGCUACAUAGUGUUCAGCAUCUUCCCAACCAUCGCCGAUAUUGUCAUUUCUAUCAUCUACUUCAUCACUAAUUUCAAUGCCUGGUUCGGCCUCAUCAUCUUCGUCUGCAUGGCCCUGUACCUCACUCUGACCAUCAUCAUCACCGAGUGGAGAACAAAGUACAGACGAGACAUGAAUCUGCAGGACAACAAUGCCAAGUCCAAGGCGGUGGACUCCUUGUUAAACUUUGAGACGGUGAAAUACUACAAUGCAGAGAGCUAUGAGGUCAGCCGCUUCCAGGAUGCCAUCUUGAAAUAUCAGGUGUCGGAGUGGAAGACCCAGGCGUCCCUGGCCUUCCUCAACCAAACGCAGAACCUCAUCAUCGGCUCAGGCCUGCUGGCCGGCUCCCUGCUCUGUGCCUACUUUGUGACUGAAGGAAAGUUUCAGGUUGGAGAUUUUGUUCUCUUCGGUACGUACAUCAUCCAGUUGUACACCCCCCUCAACUGGUUUGGAACCUACUACAGAAUGAUCCAGAAUUCUUUCAUUGACAUGGAGAGCAUGUUCAAACUUUUCGAAGAGGAUGAAGAGGUGAAGGAUGAAGUAAAUGCAGGAAGUCUUGUCUACAAAGUGGGAAAAGUGGAGUUUGAGAACGUUUACUUCAGCUACAUAAAUGGCAAAGAGAUUCUCCGGGAUGUUUCCUUCACUGUACUUCCCGGACAGACGGUUGCCCUGGUGGGACCAUCCGGCUCUGGGAAGAGCACCAUCAUUCGACUCAUCUUCCGUUUCUACGACGUUCAUGGAGGCAGCAUCAGCAUCGAUGGGCAGGACAUAUCAAAAGUGAAGCAGGAAUCUCUGCGAGCUCACAUCGGCGUGGUUCCCCAGGAUACUGUGCUUUUCAACGACACCAUCCAGAAUAACAUCCGCUACGGCCGCAUCACUGCAAGUGACCAGGAGGUGGAGGAGGCAGCUGCAGCUGCUGAUAUACAUGAUAAAAUCAUAGGCUUCCCUGAAGGUUAUGAUACGCAGGUGGGUGAAAGAGGUCUGAAGCUGAGUGGAGGAGAGAAGCAGAGGGUGGCUAUUGCAAGAACUAUCCUCAAAGCACCAGAGAUCAUCCUGCUGGAUGAGGCCACGUCUGCACUCGACACACAGACCGAACGCAACAUCCAGGCGUCAUUGGCUAAAGUCUGUGCCAACCGCACAACAGUUGUUGUAGCUCACCGGUUGUCGACUGUAAUUGGAGCAGACCAGAUUCUGGUCAUCAGGGAUGGCCGGAUUGCUGAGCGAGGGCGACAUGAGGAAUUGCUCGUCAAGGGAGGCGUGUACGCUGACAUGUGGAUGAAACAGCAGCAGGCCCAGGACUUGGAUUCCUUGUCAGACACAGAAGCCAAAGACCUCUCGUCUGAGAAACUACAGCCGGCAUCAACGUCUUCAGACCACCACGGCCACUGAUUGUAACCUUUUGCUUAAUUUUACAAGAGAACGCUACUUUUUUUUUAGUCAAACUGAAUGUGCGAAGGAAGGUUAUGGAGAAAAUAGAAGGUGCCUUAACCAAACGGAGGAUGCAAAAACAAUCUGGUCGUGUCUAAAUUUACCAAAAGACGUGUAUAUAUAUAUAUAUAUAGGUGUUGGUUGGCCAAGGUUUUUAUGUCGGGAUGGGGGGGAAAAAAAGAUACAAUUAUUACUACAUCCUAAACUCAGACAUCUGUCCUUUUUUAAUUAUUAUUUCAAACCUUCACUACGAAGCUAAAGAAUGAAAAGUAGUGCAUGUUGUCCUAAGCCUUCAUCAGGGUACGCCAGUAUUUAAGUGUUUAAAAAUGUCCAUUUGUUUUGAGUAUAUUAUUACUUUUUGAAGAACUCCUGCCACUUUUUUUAAUGUUGUCUUUAUUUUUCCUUCGACCCUUGUCUGACAAACAUUUUCUUAAUAAUCUAUGACCUGACGUAAGUUAUUUAAAGAUACAAAGGGAGGGUUGCAAGAAAUAAAGGAGUAAAACUCCCUAAUCACAGCCUCAACACUGCAGCUUGCUGAAUCGAGAGGGUUCAUGAAUCUGUUGUCCACUAAAUAAUUCAUAUGAAUGACAAUGUGUUCAUAUUCGAGCUAUCAGGGAUUUUAUUGAGCUUGCUUGUAUUUAUUUAGUUUUUGGUAGUCGAUUCAUGAGCUCGACUAUUUAACUUGUAAGUAAUACUUUUUUAUUGUGCAUGUGUCUUUAUACUUUUGAUCGCUGAGUUAAAGUGAGGUGUGUCGCUCGUCUGAUCAUUGUGUCUUCGAAAUUGUCAAGGUUUAGUGAAUAAACAAAGAAUAAAGAUAAAAAUUGGCAAUCA